AUGGUGUCAUCCAGGGUGACUACGCAGAGCAAGAAACCCGCGCCGUAUGAAAUUCAUGCAGAACAGGACCCGGUUGUGCCGGAACCUCUGGGCCCCAUUGUGCUCAAACUGGACCCUGUUCUCAGGUUGACCGGUGAACUGCUUCUCGAGUUGUGUUCAUUGAACGACGCUGUUCGCAUUGAGCUUAACGCUAAACAAGAAUUGGAACUCUUGCCACCGGCUAACCCCUCUUCCAGCAACCAAAACGCAAAUAUUUCCGUGGACUUGGGCAACUGGGCGAGGGCCAAUGGCACGGGCCUGGGAUCUGAUUCUUACGCUGGUUUCACACCACCGAACGGCGCAGUGCGUUCUCCAGACGCAUCAUGGAUACUGAAAGAGCGUUGUGCAGAAAUCCCUGACAAAGAGAAGCACAAGUUUACGCCUAUUGUGCCCGACUUCGUGGUUGAGCUUCGUUCCCCAUCCGACAGUUUGCGAGGCAUUCAAGCGAAGCUGGAAGAAUACAUUGCACAUGGGGUAAGGCUUGGCUGGCUGAUUGACCUGCUGGACCCGCGUCACCGAGUGUACGUUUACCGCCCCAAUGCACCGGUCGAGGUGCGGGAAGGGCCGGAAACCCUAUCCGGGGAUCCCGAACUUCCUGGCUUUGUCCUGGACUUGCAGCCCGUUUGGGGUCCGGCGUUAUAA